AAAUUGAAAAUCCAUUGAACUCAUUGAGUGAAUUGUUUUUUCAAUUAUUACAAAAGAAAAUGACUUUUGUGGUUGAUGUAGUUUCAGAGGACUCUUUCUAUGAGAACAUUUGCUUAGGUUUGACAAAACUUUUAGAAAACACACCUGGAGUCCAGGGUAUAGAGCUGGAGAAACGUCUUCCGUGCGAGCGGAUGUUAAUCUCAUCUUGGGAACAGAGACAUUUGUGUUCCUUACCAGAAGACGUCCGACAAUUCUACUCCUCUACCGAUGGUUUUAGACUUAUAUGGAACUACGAGUAUGCAGGUGAAAUACUCCCGAUUGGCAAUCUAAGGAUCAACUCGAUAGCAGAGCUGAAACGAUUGGCUGGUGUGAAGACAUCGGGAGAUACAGAUUGUCCAAACCUUCUUGACAUUGAGAUAUGUAACGUCUCUGAGCCAAGAUCACCCAAACCCAACUUCGGACCCAAGUGUAAAAUAUUUGAGCUCGAUCCUUGUCAAAAUGUUGCAAAAGUUUGCCUCGUUUACAUGGAGAAACCAGAAGGUGACACGAAGAAGGAGGAGCCGAAGAUAUGGCUGUUGGAUCGCAGCUAUGAGUGGCACUUUCUGGCUGAAAGUUUCACUCAAUACUUCCGCAUGAUGUUGGUCCAUCAAGGUCUACCUCAGUGGCAAUUCAGGUUUACACCCAUGGGGCUAACACCAUGGGCCGAGCAAAUGAUGUUCAUGAUUUGUCCUCAUCUCUUGGCUGAACAGGAUGUACGAAGUCCUCGCUUUGAUCCAACUCUGAACCAAAUCGACCCUAGUGUGUUCAAAACAAGAAGCAAAAGCUCCAAACAGAAGAAGCCUGAAAAGUAGCCUCAACUAAUUCCUCCAAUUAGCUGUAGC